AUGUUAUAACAACAAUUAACCAAGCUUUUUUUAAAAUAUGAUGCACCCAUUCCAUAGGAUAAAAUCCUAUUCAAAACCUCAUUUUUCAAGAUGAGUAAUCACAAAGAAGUGACUUUACUGUUAUGCAGUGAUGAUUUCAUAUACAAAAUAAGUAAUAAGAACACUAAAAUGUAUAUACUUAAACUCAAUUGUGAAGUGAGAUUCUCUGUUAAAGCUGAAUAAACUUCGAAAUAAAUACACAAAUAAAUGAAAGGCGAUGAAUUCCAUACACAAAUAUACAAAUUUACUCUCGAAAGAGAUGAUUGUGAUUCUGUUGAAUUUUAUAACUUCAAUUUCUAAACUAUGUAUUGGUUUGAUUACCUCAGGAACAAGUUGCAUAUGUUAGAUUAUCAAGCACAUUAUGAAAUAAGCAAAUUAAUCGGCAAAGGAUCAUUUGCAUCUGUCUAUGAAGCAAAAGGAAAGAAUGAUCAAUAAUCUUAUGCUGCCAAAGCAUUCUACAAGAAGCAAGUGUUCCAGGAUCCUAAAGGAAGGGAUUAGGUGGAAAAUGAAAUUAUUGUGAUGCGUAAACUCAAUCAUCCAAAUCUGAUUAAUUUACAUGAAGUAUUUGAAAAUAAAGCAUAAAUCUAUUUAAUAUUGGAUUUGGCAAGGGGAGGCACACUUGAAUAUGCUUUGAAAGUCUUCAAUGCCCCAGUUCCAUUCCUGAGUGCAAAAGUGAUAUUUAGAUAAAUCCUUGAAGGUGUACAAUAUAUUCAUGAUUAGGGUGUAAUACAUAGAGAUUUAAAACCAGAUAAUAUUCUUUUUAGAGAUUUCAUUCCCCUUAAAAGGUAUGGACUCAUUAAUGUGGGUAAUAAUAUUAUGAUCAGUGAUUUUGGGAUUGCUACUCCAAAACAAUAGAGAAUGGCUGUGUAUCAAUAUUGCGGCACUCCAGGAUACAUGGCACCAGAAGUGUUCCUGACAGAAAAUGAUAACAAUGCUACAUAUGAUGAGAAAUGCGACGUCUUUUCAUUAGGUUGCAUUCUCUAUUAUCUUUUAAUUGGUCAUCCUCUCUUCGCAUAGCCAGUGAAGCAGACCAAUAUGGAAAUGAAGAUUGACUUUGGUCAAAUAGAAAAAGACCUGAAUUCAAGUCAUUCAUUGACUGUCCUCUUACAAAAGAUGCUAUCCCACAAUCCAUAAGACAGACCAUCUUGCAGAGAAAUCCUUGAAUCUAAAAUAAUGGAAGUGGAAUAUGGAGAAGAUGGCAUACCUGUGUUCAGAGAUUUUCAGAGACCUAAGAGUAGUCCACCUAAAAGAAUGCAGCCAUUACAUCCAGAAAUUGAUAGAUCGUAAAAUUAUAUAACAAUUAUUUAGUAAGCGAUAGAGUGUGCUAAAUCCAAAGAUGAUUAAAUUGAUGCCAAUUCUUGAGGAGAAACAAGAAGUGCGAAAUUCUGGAAAGGAGAAAACAACUAUAGUGGCUAAAUCAAGGAAUUCUCAUUUUGACGAGGAGAGAACUCCAGCUUAAAGAGUGGCUGCAGCUAGAAGAUCGUCUGCUUAUGUUCCAUCAAGCAAUUAGAAUAACAAGAAAUGA